UGUAGCCCAGGGAAAAUUCUUUACUUCUUGGUGCUCUAAAGAGCCCAGACUGUACAUUAAAGUGAUGAUGCUAACUGUGGUGCUAGGAGUUUUCUCACAGGAGUGUCAGCUGUACCAUUGCAGUCAGAAGUCCUGUUGUUGUUGUUGUUAAUGUUGUUGGUGCUGCUGUUCCUCCUUCUCCCCCUUCCUUUGUUUAGGCUGUACCCCCCCCCCACCCCGUUCCAUGCCCUUGUUAUAAGCUUACUCAAUGCAGCUCCCUGGGCUGGGGGGAGGUAUUUGGGGGGGACUUCUCUGAGGCUGGAGGGAUGAGGCCUCAGGAUGGACACUUUGGUAUCCCACAGGUGGUCCACGGUCGGACAGCAUAUGAUGGGUUGUCCCUACCUGAAGAUGCAGAGCGGGAGACCGCAGUGGUCCGGCCUCGCUGGAAUUACACCGACCUCUCUGAUGAUGAAGACCUGCUGGCGGAUGAGGCCUCUGGAGAUGGCCUCGGCAGUGGGGACCUGGGAAGUGGAGACUUUCAGAUGGUCUAUUUUCGGGCCAUGGUGAAUUUCACACGGUCCAUCGACUACAGCCCCCAGCUGGAGGAUGCCGGCUCCCAGGAGUUCCGAGACGUGUCGGAGGCCGUGGUGGAUACGCUGGAGUCUGAAUACCUGAAGAUCCCUGGAGAACAAGUGGUCAGCGUUGUGUUCAUCAAAGUAGGAACUGAUGCACAGGGAAGAUCAGAGACUUAUUUGAGGGCUCACUGCCAGUUAAUGGUAACAUUCAAACCCAGGCCUCCUCCCUGCCAUUAUUCUGGGGCCCCCUUUUCCAGCCAAAUGGGAUAUAAUCUAGCACUGUCUUCCACUCCCCAGGUGACCUCCUAUGGAGGAGAACUACACUUCACCGUGACCCAGCAGCCCAGGCCAGGCUCGCCAGCCCUGCACGGGCAGCCCCUGGUCCUGCUUCAGGGCAAUGCCAUCUCCCUAGAACAUCACCCCCAGCAGGAGCCUGUGCCAGGCCAGCCCAGCACCUUCUCUGUGCCCUUCCGUGAGCAUGCCUGGCGCAGGGCGGACGGGCAGCCGGCCACCCGCGAGCACCUGCUCAUGGCUCUGGCCAACAUCGAUGUCAUCAUGAUUCGGGCGUCCUAUGCUGAGAGCCAGGUGGAGAGCAGGCUUUCUGGACUACACAUGGAUGUGGCUGUGCCCCAGGUCACGGGGCUGGAGCAGGCUGUGGAGGUGGAGCAGUGCGUCUGCCCGCCUGGCUACCGAGGACCGUCCUGCCAGUUCUGUGAUGUGGGGUACACCCGUACAUCCAGCGGCCUCUACCUGGGCACCUGUGAGCUCUGUAGCUGCCACGGACACUCAGUGAUAUGUGACCCAGAGACCGGGGCUUGCCAGGGCUGCCAACACCACACAGAAGGCGCCAAGUGUGAACGCUGCCAACCCGGAUACUACGGUGAUGCCCAGAGAGGUUCCCCUGAAGACUGCCAGCCCUGCCCCUGCCACGGGAUGCCCUCUAACAACCAGGGGAUCCAUACUUGUUUCCUGGAUACCGACGGCCGCCCCACCUGCGAUGCCUGCUCCCCAGAGCACAGUGGCCGCCAUUGCGAGAGGUGUGCUCCUGGUUACCAUGGCAACCCCAGCCUGGGCCAGUCCUGCCGAAGUGAUAGACCUGGCCCAGUCCCUGAUGGCUGCAGAUGUGACCCAGCGGGCAGUCUCAGCACCCAGUGUGACGAAGCCUCAGGGCAGUGUCGGUGCAAGUCCAAGGUGGAGGGCCCCACCUGCAGCUCUUGCCGUCUUCAUCACUUCUUCCUGAGUGCUGCCAACCCCGAAGGCUGCCUGCCCUGUUUCUGUAUGGGCGUCACCCAGCAGUGUGCCAGCUCCUCCUACACCCGCCACCUGACCUCCACUCCCUUUGCUCCCGGUGACUUCCAAGGUUUCACGCUGGUGAAUCGGCAGCGAAGCAGCCGGGUGGCCGGGGGCUUCACAGUGGAGCUGAUGCCCGAGGGCAGCCAGCUCUCCUUUAGCAACUUUGCCCACCUGGGCCAUGAGUCCUUCUACUGGCAGCUGCCCGAGACUUACCAGGGAGACAAGGUGGACGCCUAUGGUGGGAAGCUCCGGUACAUCCUCUCCUACACGACUGGAGCCCAGGGCAGCCCCCUCUCCGAUCCUGAUGUGCAGAUCACGGGGAAUGACAUCACUCUAGUAGCCACCCAACCAGAGCUGCAAGGCCGAGAGAGGAAGAGCUUCGAAAUAAUGUUCAGAGAGCAUUUCUGGAGGAGGUUAGAUGGGCAGCCAGCCACUCGAGAGCAUUUGCUGAUGGUGCUAGCUGACCUAGAUGAGAUCCUGAUCCGCGCCACCUUCUCCUCGGUCCCUUUGGCAGCCAGCAUUGGUGCUGUCAGCAUGGAGAGAGCCCUUCCUGGUCCUGCAGCUGGACCCCGGGCCCUGGAAGUGGAGGAAUGCCGCUGCCCCCCUGGAUAUCGGGGCCUCUCCUGUCAGGACUGUGCCUCUGGCUACACACGCACAGGGAGCGGCCUCUACCUGGGCCACUGUGAGCUUUGUGAAUGCAACGGGCACUCGGACACCUGCCACCCAGAGACCGGGGCCUGCUCUCAAUGCCUGCAUCACACGGCCGGUGAAUUCUGUGAACUCUGUGCCCCUGGCUACUAUGGUGAUGCCACCGCGGGAACUCCUGAGGACUGCCAGCCCUGCGCCUGCCCCCUGACCAACCCUGAGAACAUGUUCUCCCGGACAUGUGAGAGCCUCGGUUCUGGGGGGUACCGCUGCACAGCCUGUGAGCCUGGCUACACGGGCCAGUACUGUGAACAGUGUGCUCCAGGCUACGUGGGCAACCCCAGUGUUCGAGGAGGCCGCUGCCAGCCUCAGACCGACCAGGCUCUGCUGGUAGUCCAGGUCCACCCGGCCCGGAGCACAGUGCCCCAGGGUGGCUCCCAUUCCCUUCGAUGCCAAGUCAGUGGAAGCCCCCCAUACUACUACUACUGGACCAGAGAAGAUGGACGGUCCAUUCCUAGCACCACUCAACAGCGCCAGCAAGGUUCUGAGCUCCACUUCCCCAGCAUCCAGCCUUCCGAUGCGGGCGUCUACAUCUGUACCUGCCGGAACCUAUACCAUGCUAACACCAGCCGGGCUGAGAUCCUGGUCGCCGAGGCCCCCACCAAGGCCAUCACGGUGACGGUGGAGGAGCAGACGAGCCAGAGUGUGCGGGCUGGGGCUAACGUCACCUUCAUCUGCACAGCCAAAAGCAAGUCUCCAGCCUACACACUGGUGUGGACUCGUCUACAUAAUGGGAAGCUGCCUUCACGAGCCAUGGACUUCAAUGGCAUCCUGACCAUCCGGGAUGUCCAGCCCAAUGAUGCAGGCACCUAUGUGUGCACCGGCUCCAAUAUGUUCGCCAUGGACCAGGGCACUGCCAUGCUGCAUGUCCAGGCCUCAGGGAGCCUGUCACCACCUGUGGUUUCUAUCCACCCACCGCAGCUCACGGUGCAACCUGGCCAGCUGGCAGAGUUCCACUGUAGUGCCACUGGAAACCCAGCACCCAGCCUGGAGUGGUCAGGGGGUCCUGGGGGGCAAAUGCCCCGGAAGGCCUGGAUUCAUGGUGGCAUCCUACGCCUCCCAGCCACAGAGCCUUCUGACCAAGCCCAGUACAUAUGCCGUGCUUCCAAUAGCGCUGGGCAGCAUGUAGCCAGAGCCGUUCUCCACGUGCAUGGGGGUUGGAUGCCCGAUGUCCAGCCACGUCCUGAGCAGACCCAGGUGCAGGAGGGCCACAUCGUGAGGCUGAAUUGUCAGGUGACCGGGAACCCACCACAUAGGAUCGUCUGGACUAAGGAGGGAGGAAGUUUGCCCCCCAAGGCACGUGUGGAACAUACCAUGCUGUUCAUCCCAGAUGCCACAGCAACUGAUGCUGGCAUCUACGUCUGUAGUUCUAACACCCUCACUGGCAGUGCCCAGGCCCGCAUGGAAGUGGUGAUCGUUCCAGACUCAGGCUUGGUCCCUGCCAUGAGGAUCGAGUCUUCUUCCCCAUCAGUGACUGAGGGACAGACAGUCGAUCUGAACUGUGUGGUCACUGGGCAUGCCCAUGCCCAGGUCACCUGGUACCGACGUGGUGAGAGCCUUCCAACCCAGCACCAGACCCAUGGCACUCGGCUACGACUCUACCAGCUGACCCCAGCAGAUGCGGGCACAUAUGUGUGCCGUUUUGAUGGCACCUCAGGCCACCAGGAAGCCUUCAUUGACAUCUCUGUCUCCCAUGCAGCCAGUCCUGGCUCUGGCCACUCCCCAGGCUCUGAUGCCAGCUUCCCCAUGAGGAUUGAAGCCUCCUCUACAGAAAUCCCUGAAGGACAAACCGUGGAUCUGAACUGUGUGGUCACUGGACAGGCCCAUGCCCAGGUCACAUGGUACAAGCGUGGCGGCAGUCUCCCCGUCCGACGUCAGGACCACGGGACCUGGCUACGGCUGUACCAGCUAACCCCGGCCGACUCUGGGGAGUACGUGUGCCGUGUGGUCCGUGGCUCCCGUCCCCACGAGGCCUCCCUCGUCAUCACGGUCCAGCCUUCCCGCUCCAGCGACGGCUCUAUCCCAGCCACUCCCGCGCCGGUCCGGAUCGAAUCCUCAUCGCCAACCGUGGUGGAAGGGCAGACGGUAGACCUGAGUUGUGUGGUCGCUGGGCAGGCCCAUGCCCAGGUCACUUGGUACAAGCGAGGAGGCAGCCUCCCUGCCCGGCACCAGGUCCGUGGCUCCCGCCUGUACAUCUUCCAGGCCGCCCCCGCCGAUGCUGGGGAGUACGUGUGUCGUGCAGCCAAUGGGAUGGAGGCCUCCCUCACAGUCACCGUCACCGGAUCCCAGGGCGCCAGCCUCUCCUACCCCCAGGACAUCACACCGCCAAUCAGGAUUGAGUCAUCUUCCUCAUCUGUGGCUGAAGGCCAGACCCUAGACCUGAACUGUAUCAUCGCAGGGCAAGCCCAUGCCCAGGUGACAUGGUAUAAGCGUGGUGGUACCCUCCCUGCCCGGCACCAGGUCCAUGGCUCUAGACUACGACUCUAUCAAGUGUCCCCAGCAGACUCUGGAGAAUAUGUGUGCAGGGUGGUUGGCAGUUCCAGCCCCCAGGAAGCCUCUGUCCUUGUCACCAUCGAGCCUGAAGGCUCCAACCCUGGCUUAGGAGUCACUCCCCCAGUGAGGAUUGAGUCUUCCUCCUCAUCCAUCACAGAAGGACAGACUUUUGAGCUGAACUGUCUGGUCUCUGGACAGGCCCAUGCCCAGGUUACCUGGUAUAAGCGUGGUGGCAGCCUUCCCGCCAGACAUCAGGUCCAUGGCACCAGACUGAGGCUGUCGCAGGUGUCACCAGCCGACUCGGGCGAGUACGUGUGCAGAGUGCUUGGCAGCUCCAGCCCCCAGGAGGCUUCUGUCCUCGUCACCAUCCAGCAGCGGCCAGGCCACCACGUCCACGCCCAGGGUGUUGUGUAUCCUGUCCGAAUUGAGUCCUCCUCUUCCUCCCUGGCCAACGGACAGACCUUGGACCUCAACUGCCUGGUGGCCAGUCAAGCACCACAUACCAUCACGUGGUACAAGCGUGGAGGCACUCUUCCUGCUCGACAUCGGAUUGUGGGCUCCCGACUGCGGAUCCCCCAGGUCACCCCUGCUGACUCUGGAGAGUAUGUAUGCCAUGUCAGCAACGGGGCCGGCUCCCAGGAAUCUUCGCUCAUAGUCACCAUCCAGGGGGGUGGCUCCUCCCAUUCCUCAGGCAUCACUCCUCCUAUCAGGAUUGAGUCUUCAUCCCCAGUGGUGACUGAGGGGCAGACCCUGGAUCUCAACUGUGUAGUCCCUGAGCAGAGCCAAGCCACGGUGACGUGGUACAAGAGAGGGGGCAGCCUGCCUGCCCGCCACCAGGUCCACGGCUCCCGGCUCCGGCUAAACCAAGUGACAUCGUCUGAUUCUGGAGAGUAUGUGUGUCGAGCUAACAACAACAUAGAAGCCCAGGAGACCUCCAUCGUGAUCUCUAUCCCCUCCAACAACCCCAGCAACCCCUCCUCCCCAGGAGCUACAUCGCCUAUCAGGAUCGAAUCCUCUUCCUCAUCUGUAGCCGAAGGACAGACCCUGGACCUGAACUGCCUCGUUUCUGGUCAGGCCCAUGUGCAGGUCAAAUGGUACAAGCGUGGGGGCAGCCUCCCUGCCCAGCACCAGGUCCAGGGCUCCCAGCUGAAGCUUUUCCAGGUUUCUCCAGCUGACUCGGGAGAGUAUGUAUGUCGAGUGAUUGGUGGUUCCAGUGUCCAAGAAGCUUCUGUCCUUGUCACCAUUGAGGCUGCUCACCCUAACUCUGGUUCUGUCCCAGCCCCAGGCAUCAUCCCGCCCAUCAGGAUUGAGUCCUCCUCCUCCUCUGUGGCAGAAGGACAGACAGUGGAUCUGAACUGUGUGGUGGCAGGACAGGCCCAUGCCCAAGUCUCAUGGUAUAGGCGCGGGGGCAGCCUCCCUGCAAGGCACCAGGUCCAUGGCUCCCGGCUACGGCUGAACCAGGCAUCCCCAGCUGACUCUGGCGAGUAUGUAUGCCGGGUGCUUGGUGGCCCCAGUCCCCAAGAGACUUCUAUCCUGGUCACCAUCAAAGCCCUAGGCCCCGGCACUGGCCCUGCUGCUGCCACCUUCAUACCUAUCAGAAUUGAAUCCUCGACGCCAUCAGUGACUGAAGGGCACACCGUGGAUCUGCACUGUGUGGUCGCUGGGCAGCCCCAGGCCCAAGUCACGUGGUACAAGAGAGGGGGGACCCUCCCCGCCAGACAUCAGGUCCACGGCUCCCUCCUGAGGCUGUACCAGGUAUCUCGCACGGAUGCGGGCGAGUACGUGUGCCGCGUGAUCGGUGGCUCUGGCCCUCCCCAGGAAGCUUCUUUCUCCAUCGCUGUUCUGCCUUCCACCGCUGAAUCCUACCGCCUGCAGAGCCCCGUCAUCUCCAUCGACCCUCCCAGUGCCACCGUGCAGCAGGGCCAGGAUGCCACCUUCAAGUGUCUGAUCCACGACGGGGCGGCCCCCAUCAGCAUCGAAUGGAAGAUGGCACGAAACCAGGAGCUGGAAGACAAUGUGCAUCUCAGCCCCAAUGGCUCCAUCAUCACCAUCAUGGGUGCUCGGCCCAGCAACCACGGGACCUACCGCUGUGUGGCCUCCAACCCCUACGGUGUGGCCCACAGCGUCGUCAGCCUCAGCGUGCAGGGCCCCCCCACAGUGUCCGUGCUCCCUAAGGGUCCCGUGCAGGUGAAGCUGGGCAAAGCCAUCUCUCUGGAGUGUGUCAGUGCUGGAGAGCCCCGUCCUUCUGCCCGCUGGAUGCGCAUUGGGACCCCGCUCAAGGUGGAUCGUCAUCGGACUCUGGGGCCUAUGGACAGCCACGCUGUGCUGCAGAUUACAGAGGCCCAGCCAGAGGACGCAGGCACCUACGUCUGCUUGGCCCAGAAUGCUCUGGGUUCUGCUCAGGCCCGGGUGGAGGUGAGUGUGGAGACGGGCGCCGCGGCCCUGGGGGCCCCAGAGGUGCGUGUGCAAGAGGCAGAGAUGACUGUGGAAGCAGGGAAGACGGCCGUCCUGCGCUGCUCAGCCACAGGCAGCCCCGCUCCCACCGUGCAUUGGUCCAAGCUUCGGGCGCCUCUGCCCUGGAAGCAUCAGCUGUCCGGUAACACCCUGAUCCUCCCGGAGGUUGCCCAGCAGGACUCCGGCCAGUACAUCUGCAACGCCACCAACUCGGCCGGGCACGCCGAGGCCACUGUCAUCCUGCACGUGGAGAGCCAUCCCUACGCCACGACCAUCCCAGAGGAGGCCCUGGUCGGAGUAGGAGAGAUGGUGCAGUUUCAGUGCCUGGCGCACGGGACACCCCCACUCACGUUCCACUGGAGUCGGGUGAACGGCAGCCUCCCCAGGCGCGCAGCUGUCCGGGGGGACCUGCUGCGUAUCCACCCCACGGCCCUCGAGGACGCCGGCCAGUACCAGUGCCUGGUCACCAACAAGGUGGGCUCUGCCCAGGCCUUUGCCCACCUCCGAAUCCAGGACCCUACAGGGACCCACCCCGCAGGCCCCUUCCCCGCGGCUUCAGCUCCAGCCAUGCACAUCACCCCCCAGCAGGAAACCAGGGGCAUCGGGGGCAGCGUCGAGUUCCACUGCACUGUACCUAGCGACCCUGGAGCCCAGAUCCACUGGUUCAAAGAAGGAGGGCAGCUUCCUCAGGGUCAUACUGUGCAAGACGGAGUGCUUCGGAUCCAGAAUUUGGACCAGAGCUGCCAGGGGACAUAUAUUUGCCGUGCACAUGGGCCAUGGGGCCAGGCCCAGGCUAGUGCCCAACUAGUUGUUCAAGCUCUUCCUUCUGUCCUCAUUAACAUUCGGACAUCCGUGCAGACGGUGGUAGUGGGCCAUGCUGUGGAGUUUGAGUGUCUGGCCUUGGGUGACCCCAAGCCCCAUGUCACCUGGAGCAAAGUAGGGGGCCACCUGCGCUCAGGCAUUGUGCAGAGUGGGGGUACCAUCAGGAUUGCCCGUGUGGAGCAGGCUGAUGCUGGACAGUAUCGAUGCACAGCUACCAACGCUGCGGGCACUACCCAGUCUCACGUGCUGCUGCUCGUGCAAGCUUUGCCCCAGAUCUCAGCCCCUCCUGAGGUUCGAGUUCCCGCUGGCUCUGCAGCCGUCUUCCCGUGCAUGGCCUCUGGCUUCCCGAUGCCUGACAUCACCUGGACCAAGCUGGAGGGAGACCUACCCCCAGACAGUCUCCUGGAGAACAAUGUGCUGACGUUGCCCUCCGUCCGGCCCCAAGAUGCCGGCACCUACAUCUGUACUGCCACCAAUCGCCAGGGCAAAGUGAAGGCUUUUGCCCGCCUCCAGGUGCCAGAGAGGGUGGUACCUUACUUCACCCAGACCCCACACUCCUUCCUGCCUCUGCCCACCAUCAAGGAUGCUUACAGGAAGUUUGAGAUCAGAAUCAACUUCAGGCCUGACGCUGCAGAUGGCAUGCUGAUAUACAAUGGGCAGAAGCAGAUCCCUGGGCCUGGGAGCCCCGUCAAUCUGGCAGCCAGGCAACCUGACUUCAUCUCCUUUGGCCUGGUGGGCGGGCGGCCGGAGUUCCGGUUUGAUGCCGGCUCUGGCAUGGCUACCAUCCGCCACCCCACCCCAUUGGCACUGGGCCAAUUCCACACGGUGACCCUGCUUCGAAACCUGACCCAGGGCUCCCUGAUUGUGGGCAACCUGUCCCCCAUCAAUGGGACAUCCCAGGGCAAAUUCCAAGGGCUGGACCUGAAUGAGGAGCUCUACCUGGGCGGCUACCCAGACUAUGGUGCCAUCCCCAAGGCUGGCCUAAGCAGCGGCUUUGUAGGUUGUGUGCGGGAGCUUCGGAUCCAGGGCGAGGAAGUGAUUUUCCAGGAUCUCAACCUCACAGCCCAUGGCAUCUCCCACUGCCCCACCUGCAAGGACAGACCCUGUCAGAACGGGGGGCUCUGCCGGGAUUCCGAGAGCAGCAGCUACAUGUGCACCUGCCCUGCUGGCUUCACCGGGAGCCGCUGCGAACACUCCCAGGCCCUGCACUGUCACCCAGAGGCCUGCGGACCUGAUGCCACCUGUGUGAACCGGCCAGACGGCCGGGGCUACUCCUGCCGCUGUCACUUGGGCCGCUUUGGGGAGAAGUGUAUGGAAGGUGUGACAGUGACAACGCCAGCCCUGUCGGGUGCCAGUUCCUACCUGGCAUUACCUGCCCUCACCAAUACCCACCACGAGCUCCGCCUGGACCUCGAGUUCAAACCACUGGCCCCCGAAGGACUCCUGCUCUUCAGCGGUGGGAAGGGCGCCCCUGUUGAAGACUUUGUGUCCCUGGCGAUGACUGGUGGGCACCUGGAAUUCCGCUAUGAACUGGGUUCGGGGACGGCCGUGCUCCGGAGUACCCAGCCCUUGACCCUCGGCCGCUGGCACCACGUGUCCGCGGAGCGACUCAAUAAGGAUGGCAGUCUCCGUGUAGAUGGCAGGCACCCAGUGCAGCGAUCCUCCCCUGGCAAGAGCCAAGGCCUCAACCUGCACACCCUCCUCUAUCUGGGCGGUGUGGAGCCUUCGGUGGCUCUGCCACCUGCUGCCAACGUCAGUGCCCACUUCCACGGCUGCAUCGGUGAGGUGUCGGUGAACGGGAAGCGACUGGACUUGACCUACAGCUUCCUGGGCAGCCGAGGAGUCGGCCAGUGCUACGACAGUUCUCCUUGUGAGCGCCAACCCUGCCAGAAUGGUGCCACCUGCAUGCCUGGCGGCGAGUAUGACUUCCAGUGCCUGUGCCGUGAUGGUUUCAAAGGAGACCGCUGUGAGCAUGCUGAGAACCCUUGCCUCCUGCCAGAGCCCUGCCUUCAUGGAGGUACCUGCCAGGGUGCCCGCUGCCUCUGCCCACCUGGAUUCACUGGACCUCGAUGUCAGAAAGGCCUUGCCCCCUUCCCCACAGGUCAAGGCGCUCCUGAAGCUGACUUGCAUCUGGAGGGCAGUGGAGGCAAUGAUGCUCCUGGACAGUAUGGAGCCUAUUUCCAUGAUGGUGGAUUCCUGUCAUUCCCAAGCCGUGUAUUCCCUAGGAGCCUCCCUGACCUUCCCGAGACCAUCGAGUUGGAAGUUCGGACCCACACUCCUAACGGCCUCCUGCUCUGGCAGGGAGUGGAGGCUAGAGAGGAAGGCCGUGGCAAGGACUUCAUCAGCCUGGGGCUAAAGGAUGGGCACCUAGUGUUCAGUUACCAGUUGGGCAGUGGCGAGGCCCACAUCAUCUCUGAGGAUCCCAUCAACGAUGGCGAAUGGCACAAAGUGACGGCCCUUAGAGAGGGCAGGAGCGGCUCCAUCCAGGUAGAUGGAGAGGAGAUGGUGAGUGGCCGCUCUCCAGGACCCAAUGUGGCAGUCAACACCAAGGGCAGCAUCUACAUUGGUGGGGCUCCGGACGCAGCGACACUCACCGGGGGCAGGUUUGACGCGGGCAUCACGGGCUGCAUCAAGAACCUGGUGCUGCACUGUGCCAGCCCUGGUGGUCCUCCCCCUCAGCCCCUGGACCUGCAACACCACGUCCAGGCCGGUGCCAACACCCGCCCCUGCCCCUCCUAGGUGCCUAUGCAGACUCCUGGGCCAACUGCCCCUGGAUAGGACAACAUUGAUGAUUAUAUUAUUAUUAUUAUUAUUUUGUAAGAAACAAAGGCAACCAUCAUGCUUUGCUGCUACCCGCCUUGGGGCUGGGCUGAUCCUGCCCCUUGGGUUGGCAGGGGGCAAAGCCACAGGGUGAGGUGGGGAGGGGAUAGGCACUGUGGGAUGCCGUGUGCAUCAGAAAAGCUAGCAGCAUCCGUGGAAUUUCAGGCUGGGAACAGGAGGACCCAACUAACUAGGUCCUCUGCAAUGCCAGAACCAGAUGGCCAUGGGAUGCAGCAUCUGGCCCCAGGACCCCUCCUGUCUGCCCUGCUUUCUGCAGGAAACUCAUGCUGCCUGUCUCACCUGGCAGACUGGGUAGAGAAAAUCCCCAAAUCUCCAGCUGGGGAUACAAGAAUAUGCUCAGUAUUCCCCUGUUCCUCCGCUUUCCUUCCUUUCCACCUAAGCCCUGCAGCUGAAGGGUUCCCUCCUGUCCCUGGAGCCAGUAGCCAGCUUUCUCAUCCCCCCACCCUGGGCAGAGAGGAGCAGGGGCACCCCAUGCCCUUUCUGCCAACUCUCUGGCCAGAGCUAACUCAGCACCCUAGCCUGGCAGAUUCUCUCGCUCACCUCCAUGCACCCGACAGCACCAGCCUGCCAUGUUCUCCACACCCCCAUCAUCCAUCUGCCAUGCCCCGUUUCCCUGAAACUCAGAACAUUUCUAAAGCUCCUAUGUGCCAGGCACUCUGCUAGAUGCUCGAGGGAAGAAGAGGAAACAAGGCAGGCCCUGGCCCCUAGGAAUUUAAUCUCGGGGAUAAAGAGGAACCUGAGGGAGAAUGGUGCCAGCCCACCACAGGCCCCCACUGGCCCCAGCACUCUGGUCUCCACCGAAUCAGUGUGUUGUUCCUUAAACCCCCUCCCAUACAGCUGGACACCUAGCCCACCAACCUUCUCACAGCGCCAUCAGAGAAACGCAUCUGGACAAUGGGCCGUCUGCACAGCCAGCUCAAAAGAGCAUUUGUACGAGGCAAAGCUCUGAGAAGAGAAAACUGGGUCAGGUUUUGGGCCUGGCUGCUGCUGAGGGAAUAGCAUCCCUGAGGCCAGCCAGGAGAUAGCUGGGGUCCCCCCAGAAUCAGUCUAGCUGGGGUUAGUGGGAGGAUGGAGGGGGUGGCCAAGGUUGACCAUCUGUUGCUGCUGCUUGCAUGUGGUGGGGAUGCACAGGAAGGAAGAGGUGAAAUAGGAGAUUUCGGGGCACUAGCUGGAGGGAACCAGGGAAUGCCAAGUAUUUGAGGCUGAUGGGAAGGAGUGAGAGCUCAGAUCUGAGCUUCGGUUUCCUUCCACCCCCCACAGCAAAUCUAAGGAGGGAUUGAGGAGGCCCAGGGUGGAGAAAAUGCCUCCUUGCAGCCAGGUCAUCUCUCUUCCAGUCUCCCUCCACCUCUAGGCCUGGCUCCCCACAAACCUCCCUGAGGUCCUUCCUGUUGGGUGCCCUCAGGGAAUGUGGCCCCUUGCCGGGCAAGAGGGUGGGAAUGGGGAGGGGAGCUCCUCCUGUGGUCUUUGUCUUUCUUUAAUAAAAGGUGCUACCCCCA